AAACACACCACAGGACAGGGGAGCAGUACAGCUGUCACAGUUGACACAUUAUCACCUCAUUAAACGCAACACUAUGGAAAGUAUGGAGCUUGACUGCUUGUGACAAACCUAACAAAAUGAUGAAGCAAACAUUUUUGAGAGGCACGUUCCUCCUUUUUGGUCUCCUGUUCCAUCUUUUGUCACAAUCCUUGGUUUGCUGUAGUACCUCAUUGGAUGACUCACUACUUAAAGAACUUAGACAACGAUGUCCAUUAGCAGAUCCACACAUCCAUGAAGAUACUGUACUAUCUGGAGCUAAAGAUGCAGGAAAAUAUGAGGUGAUAACUCAUGCAACCAACUUGACAGCAUGUGUCCAUGCUUGCUGUAACAGUAGCAAGUGCCAUGUGGCACUCUUGCAUAAAGAAAAUUGUGUUACUGUGGAGUGCUUUAAUGCUGAAGUGUGUCAGCUGACUGCAGGUUUUGGGUCAUCACUUGUGGUGGUGAGGAAUGUAGACAGCAGGAACCUGGAAGGUGAUGCACAGAUGAUAGCACAACCUAGUGACAAUAAAACACACGAGUCUGUGAAAACAGACACAGAAGAUGAUCUUUUGAGUAGUGAUAUCAAGUCUUUGACACAACCUACAAACAGUACACCAGUGACCAAAGAUAGAACAUGUGAAAUUGGCUUGAUGGAUUGUGUGAAGAAUGAACAGUGUGUUUCACUUGGAAACAGAAGAAAAAAUGGCCUGUGUCAGUGUCUUCCUACUUUUUAUCGAAAGACAUCUACAGGAGAAUGUGUGGAAAAAGAAUCUACAUCACCUAUGGCUUCUAAAGAGGCUGAGUCCACAACCCAUCAUCCUGAUGGCAAUGGUGGAAAAGCUAAUAGUUUUGUUGAAUCAUCAUCAUCCUCUGAUUCUGCAUCUCCCUCACCUGUUGUCUCCACAAAUGAAGUCCCUCAGAAGGAAUCUUUAUCAAGUCCUCCCCCAAACAUGUCAUCCCAGAAUCCAGUUGAGAAGCUUUUUGUUAGUAUUCAUAAUAAAACUGUCUCCCUUGAAGCUGGCUGUACAUUUUAUGAAAAGAGAGUUACACUUUCAGCAUAUGCCAUAGGAGAAACAUUAGGAUACAAGUAUGAAUGGACCCUCCUGCAGCAGCCUGACAGUGAUGACCACGGCUCUGUCAGUGAUACUAACAGUCAGACCAUCACCCUGACUCAUUUGACACAAGGUGUCUACAUAUUCAAGGUUGUUGUUGAUGCUCCAAGUGCACAUGGCGAGGCCGUUGGAAAUGUGACCGUCUGCUCACCAAAGCGAAUCAACCAACCUCCCAAAGCGGUCAUCGUCCCACCUUCUCAAGAAAUUAAGCUUCCAACCUCUGGAGUCAUUAUCGAUGGCUCGGGAAGCACAGAUGAUGAUGAUGAUAUUGAAUCUUACCACUGGGAGAUGGUAACUGCUCCAUUAGGCUACAAACUCUCCGAUCAAACUGGACCAACAUUACAACUCACUGAUCUUAUUCCAGGAACUUACAGGAUUAUGUUGCGUGUCAAGGAUAAGGAAGGUCUUGAGGGGAAUGCAACAACUGUUGUGAAUGUCAUUAAGGAGACGGAUUAUCCCCCAACAGCAAAUGCUGGUGGUGCUAAGAUUGUCUAUCUUCCUCAGACAGAAAUAAUUUUAUGUGGAAACACCAGCACUGACGAUCAUGGCAUUGAAGAGUGGGAGUGGACUAAGGGACCUAAAGAUUCUGGCAAAGCUGUGGAUAUGCAGGACACAAGGACCCCAUUCUUGCAUCUAAGUAACCUGGAGGAAGGCCACUAUCAGUUUAUACUUCGUGUUACUGAUAGCAUUGGACAGUCUUCUAAUACUUCAGUCUAUGUUUAUGUCCAAAAACCUAACCUUGCUGCUCCAAAAGCAAAUGCUGGAGAAGAUGUGCAGAUUGUGCUGCCAAACACAACAGUUGUACUUGAUGGAAGUCAUAGUACAGAUACUACUCAAACUACUCACUGGCUUUGGAAACAGAUCAGUGGACCAAACUAUGCACAAUUCUCGAAGACUGAUGAAGUGAAAGUGAAUGUUUCAGGACUAACCAAAGGAAAGUACUUGUUUGGAUUAACAACUUGGAAUGGUGAUGACCACACUGUGAACACCACUGAUAAUAUUACAGUGACAGUAAUACAAGAUAAAAAUGUACCUCCAAAGGCCAAUGCAGGUGGUGAUUUUAGUGUAAUCCUUCCGGCAUCUGUUGUGAGGGUAGAUGGCUCAAAAUCCAAUGAUGAUGUGGCAGUUACAAGAUGGUUGUGGGAGAGAGAUGCAACAUCUCUCGCUGCUGGCAAGGUCAUCAAUGGCUCAGACCAUUCUCCUGUUCUCAUGUUUACAGAUGUGGUAGCUGGUGGUUAUGUGUGGAAGCUGACAGUCUGGGAUGAGCAAGGAGCAUCAAACUCUGACACUGUGUCUAUUAUUGUUAAGGAAGGACCUCAUCACCUGGAUGAAGUGGAGGUUGUUGUGGGAGGGGAUAUUGGAUCAAUGAGUUACUCACAACUAUCAACACUCCUGCAGAAGUUGGAGCUGUUCCUCCACACAGGUGACAGCGUUGUAGCUAUACACCUCAUCUCACUUACUGGACUUCCUCAUUCAGGUCAUGUGACACUAACAUUCUGCCUAUGCUGGGAAAGAGGUUGUCAAGGGACCAGAUAUUGUAUCAAUGCUUGGCAUCAGGUUAUGUCAGAAUCUUCAGAGCUGCUGGAUCUGCCUCUCCUCUCUGUUGAUACAGUUGUUUGCCAGAAUAACUGCUCAGUGAAGAGUCGACCUCCUGGCAGCCUUCUUGAUUCAGCCUCAGAAAGUGACAGUGAUGCAGAAAUUCUUUUUGACUCUAGGAAAAUGAAGCAUAAAGGAGAUAAACAGAGAAAUGGGUACCAUAAAUUAGCAAGAAUUCGUACUUAACUCUGUAUGAUAGUAAGUGUGAUUCUUUCAGUAUGUGUUUGAGUCUCACUCAAAUAUUUAAGACAAAGUAAGGUACCAAAAAUUUAUUUACUUGAGUCUUUAAAGUUUCUGUUUUACAAAGUCAACCUGAUUUCUAAUGAGAUGAAAAUAUGGAUUUUUUUGUGAUAUUGUAUAUAACAUUAUUCAUUGUGUAGUUUGUUAGUACUACUAUUGAAGGAAGGCAAACAACUUUUCAUGUAAUUAUUUUUUGAGUGUUGCUAAUUUAAGAAAACAAAAAAUAUUUUGCUUUUCUAAGAUAACUUCAAGCAGGAAAGGAUGAGGGGUUAUGGUAUAUUUCUAUAUGUGAAGAUUUGACUGUCUAAUGUAAGGAUUUUGUCCAACAAUACAAAAUGUACAGUAAUCACUUUUUAGAUGGCAUGUUCAGUGGAACUGUUUUAUGGGUAUCUGUUGUACAAUUGUACAACUACUGUAUGUUAAUGGUUCCUACAUUUUGAAUAUUCAGUAUAGUAUGGGUACAGUACUUUUCCUAUUAAAUGAAUGACCUUAGAAUAACUUCUGGGGACUCAUUCUACAGAUGACUCUAAUUACUAAAUCUAUAAAUAUAUCUUAUGUAAACCUAACCUUUUCAUGAAGUUACCUUGAUAUACAUACGUAUAUCUAAAUAUAUCAACAAAUAUUAUAUGAAAAUUACCCUAAAACACAAAACAAAUAAUAAUAAUUAUAAUAAGGAAUUAAAGAACAGUUUAUAAAUGCAUUUAUGAUGUGUACUAGAGGAUGCAGUAACAAUGAUGCUGAGAUGAUAACACUGACAGUGAUAACAAUGAUGACAAUUAUGAUGACCAUGAUGAUCAUUAUUGUAAUGGCAUUACUGUGCAGUAAAAAACUAUAAUUCGUAUCCCUCAAAUUCGAACUCACUCAUAAUUCAUAAUGUUUUCCUAUUACAAAAUAUAUAUUACAAAUUUUGUAAUACAAUAUUUGGUAAAUUUUCAAAAUAUGAGAGACAUUUCAAAAUAUUAUGAUAUAUAUACAUCUUGUAUUACAAUUUUCAUAAUAUAAUAUUUGGUAAAAUUUCGGAUAUGAGAGACAUUUACGAAUAUGAUGGACAUGUUGCCAUGCAGCCAUGGGAUGCGACCGCCCGCUUCACUGUAAACAAGUACUGUACUCCAGUAACUGCAUCACUUGUGUUGGUCACAGUCAGUAGCAUCAGUUCAAGUUGGUCAGUUGUAGAGUGUAGUACAUCUACAGUCUACUGUGCAAGUUUUUUACUCUUGUCUUUCCAUCAUUGCCCAGUGUUUGAACUAUUAUGUCUGAUAACCCUAAAUUUGGUACUGUACUUAGAAAUGUUUUAAUUUUGAUUGGGUCAGAUAACUGAACAGUACUGUUGUUGUUUUUUUUCCUCAGGAGAAGGUAUCCCUCAUAUUUUGUAAAAUCUUAUAAUUCUUAAGGGUUAGAGCCCGUAUUAUUUCGAAUUAUGGGGGUUUUACUGUACUGUACAUCCUAAUAGAAAAAGUUGGUGUUUGUAUGGAUGGUGAAUUUAUAAAUGUAAGGGAUAAAUUACACAAUAGACGUAGGAUACCUGGCAAACAAGCAUAAAUUAUAACAUGAUGGAAGGUACUUGAUGUCAGAGUUCAUGCAACCUAUGUUUGAGUGCUAUAAACAGUGAACAUGAUGGCAAAUGAAAAUAAAAAAUGUAAACAUAAAUGAACUACCCAAUCAGUGUUUUACCUUGGCAUUUCAUAUUUUAAUGACAUACCUGUAUAGAUAGGUAUUUAUUCUCUCCUUUUGCUAAGCAUCCCAAUGUUGUGGGCUAAAAGUAAAGGUAAAAGUAAACUGUUCCAUACUUUACAGGUCGGAAACACUUGCUUGUGAGUCUAAUCACUGUUAUUAUUGUUUAAUAGUUAAAAAAAAUUAAAAAUGUUAGUUAUAUAAAAUGGGUAUCAUGGCUCAUUGUCUCUUCUCUGCUCUCUCUUUAAGUCUUGUCCAUCUGUGGUACAGUAUACUUUGAUUGUAGCAGUUAAGGCUUCAUAUAUAUUGUGGUAUAGUUUACAGACUCCAAUUUGUCACAAAGAUGUGAAGAUUUUGAGCAUUUUUUUUUUUUACACAAAUUACUAGACAUCAUAAGGAAACUUUUUAUUUUGUGAUAAAUCUAGAAUUGUGUGUCAGAUAGCAGUAUGAUUUUUUAAGAAUUGCUAAAUUAUUGAUUUUUUAAGGUUU